UGUCUUGCAGAUAGAGUUAACACCGGCUGGGGAUUCGUGUUACGAGCUUAUUGUAACGUAAAUGUGUGAAAUAUAUCUUUUACAGAUAUGACCAGCCUGUCCAUUUUGUUUGUUGUGUUGAGUGUAGUGGCUUUAACCUCUGUCUUUAUACUGGCCCUUCCUCUUCAUUUCAAAAAACAAAGUAAGGACUCGGAUGACUUCAUGCCUGUUAAACUGCAGUCGGAUUUUUCGCGUUAUGAUGUCAAUGAUGGUGGUGCUGUAAAGUUGCAGAAACUGGCCACUUCUGAAAAUGUCACAAACACCUUUAAGACGGCGGUCCAUGAUGGUAAAGCGGCGGUCCAUGACGGUAGAGCGUCGGUCCAUGACGGUAGAGCGGCAGUUCAUCACGGAGAUACAAAGCAAUCUCAAACGGAAUUUGAGGACGGUGCACUAAAUCUGGAUAUCGAGGAAACAGAUGUCAUGGUUCUGACAGAUUCUGCCUUACACACAAGAAAUGAAAUAAAUGUCAGCAUGGAGAGAAAUUAUGGACAUCAGUAUAAUAAGAACGAGGCUGGGGAGCCUUCUGAAGUGAUUGACAUCGACAACGAGAACGAUGACGUAAUACACACAACUGAUGACACGGAUGAUUUAGACAUGCAUGUGUAGUGCUCUCUCUCUCUCUCUCUCUCUCUCUCUCUCUCUCUCUCUCUCUCUCCAGAAUUACGGAGCACUGGAUGCCAGGUCUCUCAUGGUUUAUCUAAUUUGCAUCAAUGGCACCUUGCAGAUCUUGGUUCUUAUUGAUUUUAAUGUUACAGGGGAAAUGAAUUUUUUUUUUUGUCAGACGUGCAUGGCUGGUGCAUUGCAUUAUGAUUUUAGUUCAUAUCUGUUUUCAAGGUUAAAUAUAAAAAUGGAAGGUCACUAGAAGGGAUUUUCAUAGAAUUAUACACUCCAUAUCCAAUUUUCCCUCAAACCUGCAGGUGUGGUACUUUAAAAUAGAGUAUUUUAUAAAAAAAAAAAAAAAAAAAAAAUCAUUAGGCCAAACCGUCCUAUUGAAUGCUCGUGUGCGUGCAAGAGAAAGGUAGUUCCGCCCUCAUGUGAAGUCGUAGAUUUUUGCAAAAUCUUUAUUUGAAUAAACUUUGUGCGAUAGAAAAUCUUUUGGGGAAUUUUAUUUAAUGGGUACAAGAGAAAAUCUAGAUACCUAUUACAUACCAAAAAGAGUUUUUAUUUUCUAUAAAUAAUGAAUUAUGUAUACCUAAUAAAUGUUGUCAACGGCAAAAACUGCUAUGCUGGCAUUUAUUUUCCAUUGUAUAUCUAAUGAACAAUAAUGUCUUCAUGAGUGAAAGAUUCUCGAUCGAAAGGGACUUUAAACAUUAUACAAUCAAUCAAUCAAUUAAUCUAAUGUACAAUGAUUUCCCCGAUAUCCACAAUUUCAUAUAUGCAGUUUUAAGAAAUUGGUGAAAGUAAAAUUGUCAUUUUAAUUAGUUUUUAUGGAUCUUUAUUAUUCUGUUGAAUUAAAAUGUACGAAUUUCGGA